GUGCCUCUUGUGUGCCGAUUACACCCGGGGACAACUAGCUGACGCUCCGUCUGCCCAGAGUUGAUUUCUGUUUUCAUUUAGCACACGCAAAUGAAGCGCGCGGGGUGCGCAGUUUUAUGAGUUCGCUUUAGCAGCGCGCAAUUAACUUCAGCUAAGCCACCAGACAGAACCAUCCGUCCCCUUUUUUUCGGACGGGGUGUUUCUUCUUCUCUUCUACCCCCAACGGACUGUUUCACAACAUGGUCUUUGAAGAUAAAAAGCAUGAAGCAGUUUAGAAUCCUCCUGACAAUCCACUCUGUUUCAGUUAGUAAUUGGAUGGCCUUCUCCCUCCCAAAACAGCAAACAGAUAAUUUCAUUUAAAAGGAAAUGGGUGAUCAUCAUCAGGUCAAGACUUCCUUCCUCUUUAUACAGCUGCAGUCACCCACCAAGGCAUCUGGUCCAAAACGUCCUGUUGACUCAGGCAGCACAGUAAGUUACAAGGAAUGGCUCCCUGCAAAUGAUCCUCGAGCUGGAAAUGCCCCCGAAAUACAAGAAAACAAACCUGCAAACAACAGCAAAUUCACUUUUCACAGUGGUGGGGAGAACCUUGAAGGAAUGUUUCAGCUUCCUCUUUUGUCCCAGUUCGACAGCAGGGGUGCUGAAAUGAAUUCUGAAGACAAAUUGACUCCUGUCUGCAGUGUGACACCACAUUCUUCGAGCGGAGCUUUUGCUGGCCAUGAUAUCAGCCAAGCAACACCCUGUUUGGAAACUGGGGCACUUGCUGACUGUGGACAGACAAAUUUGGUGUGUACAGCCAUGACUGGGGACAGCCAGGGGCCUCUAACUGGAGCCGGGAGUUUAGAAGCCCACCCAGAGACACAGAUGAGUUGCCUGGAUGAACAUCAGCCUGCCUGUCAAAGGCAAGGUCCCCAGCUGCGGAGCCCCUCGAUUACAAGUGGUAAAAAAGAUGUUUCUUGGUGGAAAGUGGAAGUCUGCAAACCGACAGUAGUUGAAACCCCAAUAUGUUACAAAAACCCAGAAAGUAAAAGUUUUACUUCAGCUGUUUUGGAGAAGACUGCAAGAUUAACCGGAAACUAUAAUACUGUCUCACCGUCUGUCUCUGGGCGUCAGAAGGCAGAAACUUUUGUUCGGGUCAACAGCACCUCUCCGCAUGCAAAAAAUACUGCCAAAGCUAAAUAUGAAUUUCUUUUUGGUAAAAAUGAAGAGGAGAAGUUAUCAAAUAGUGAACCAACAGGAAAUUCGCACACUUUGCAAGACGACAGCAGUACUAGUAUUAACACAAGCUAUGAAUAUGAUGCAGCAGAACAAACUUUUGAAACACCACCUAACUUACCAAAGGGGACAACAAAUGUUAAUGGAUGUGUAUGUUUGAUAGAUGAACAAGCAGAUGCCAAUUUAGAUUUAGAUCCAAGUGAAAUGACCCACUCAGUAUUAUUAGUUAAUGACUUGGAUAAUAAUCAGUCAGUUUUUGCUAAUGAGGAUGUACAAAUACAGCCAGAAUAUGAAAUUGAUAAAGAAUCGAGGAGCCACCAAUUUGAAAAUAAACUUGAAGAAAUAACAGCACAUUCACAACUCCAGACAGAGGUACUCACAAAGGAUACAGUUUCUGAGGAUUCAGCAGCAAUCGUGGAAAAAGAACCACAGACUGUACGUGAAAUAAAUCAAGACAAGGAGAUGGAUAUUUCAAGCCAAGAAAAACUUACAGAAAGGCCUAUUUCAGCUGAAUUCCUUUUGAAAAAUGAGGCAGUGGUACCCUUCGAAGAAAAAGCUUGUGAAUUAAUUGAAAAAGACAUUAGGGCCCCCAUUUGGACUUUUGAGGAGGAUAGACAAGAAUUUGAGGAGCUUGCCGAGGAGUCAAGCAAAAUCCUGGCUGAAAUUCCUGGUAUCUUUUCUGCCUUUCUGGGUGGAGCCCAAAUAAAAGAAAAAACUAAUAAGAGAAUCAGAUUUAUGGGAAAUAAAAAUGAAACAUUAGGCACUCAGAAUGAAGUUGCUGAAGAGCAGGGCACAAGUGCAGUUUUUGAGCUUGAAAAUCAGCAGAACACGGAGACUACAAAUGUCAGUUCCACAAUGAGUCAGGAGAAGUAUGAGCACAAGGAUGUUUCCGAACAAUCUAAGUUGUCCACAUUUUCUGCUGUUUCAUCUGCUCCCCAGAUAGUUAUUGAAGAAGAUGAUGUUUUUGCAAACAGUUCUGAAAAUGGUGCCUUGAGCUCUGAGAGCGAUUUAGCAUCUGAGAUAUGCAAAGGAAGGCCUUUGGAUGAAAAGGAUGAUGAAGAGAACCUGCUACAAGGAACUUUGAGUGAGGACACAACUGAUGUUUUUAGCUCACAAUUUGAAAACAUUUUGGAAUCUCAACACUCCAAAGUCACCUUAUAUUGUAGUAUGGAUUCCUUGGAUGCUUUAUCAUCUGCGGAUGAAUCAGAAACUCACUUCAGCUUUGAUUUACCUCUCACACCAAUGAUCCAGCAACGUAUUAAAGAAAAUAAUGACUUUCUGGAGAACUCAUUGCAUGUUGGACCACAAGAGAUACUGCGUGUGGCUACCAAUAAGAGGAAAGGAAAGGAGUACUUAGAGAUAACUUCAUCUUUCCUUGAGGUUAGGACAAGUUCUUCAGUAAGUAGCAGCAAAUCGGAUGACACCAUCAAGAGAACAUCUUUAGAGCCCUUUGCAAAUGGCAUUCGGGAAGAUGAUAGCACCAACAGGAGAGAUUUACAUGACCUAAGUAACUGCUCAAGCGAUGCUGGAUUGAAGGACAUGUUUUUGGAUUCAGAUUCUGAGAUGGGCAGCACAGAGAGACUUCGUGGUAGCACUGACACACUGAAUAACAGUAACAAGUGUGAUCUGGAAGCAGCAAGAAGACUAGCUAAAAGACUUUACAAGCUAGAAGGAUUUAGACGCUCAGAUGUAGCAAAACACCUAGGAAAAAACAAUGUCUUCAGCAAGCUUGUAGCAGAAGAGUACCUCACUUUUUUUGACUUUACUGGAAUGACAUUAGACCAGUCACUUAGACGUUUCUUGAAAGCCUUUGCACUAAUGGGUGAAACGCAGGAAAGAGAGCGGAUCUUAAUGCACUUUUCCAAUCGAUAUUACCAAUGUAAUCCCGGCACCUUUUCUACACAAGAUGGAGUUCACUGCCUUACUUGUGCCUUGAUGCUGCUAAAUACUGACCUUCAUGGCCAUAAUAUUGGGAAGAAGAUGACCUGUCAAGAAUUCAUCACCAAUUUAGAUGGAUUUAAUGAUGGCCAGGACUUCCCUAGGGAUCUGCUUAAGGCCUUGUACAAUUCCAUUAAAAAUGAGAAGCUGGAGUGGGCAAUAGAUGAAGAUGAGCUAAAGAAAUCUUUGUCAGAGCUUGCCGAAAACAAAUCUGAUAAUGCACACAUGAAAACCAUCAGUAGAAUCGGCAGUGGCAGUAACCCCUUUAUUGACAUCACCUAUGAUCCAAAUGCUGCAGUGUACAAAACAGGCUUUCUUACUCGGAAAAUUCAUGCAGACAUGGAUGGGAAGAAAACUCCAAGAGGCAAAAGGGGAUGGAAGACCUUUUAUGCUGUUCUGAAGGGAAUGAUCCUUUACUUACAGAAGGGUGAAUACAAACCUGAGAAAGCCCUGUCAGAAGAAGAUUUGAAAAAUGCAAUCAGUAUCCAUCAUGCUCUGGCUAUAAAGGCAACAGACUAUGAAAAGAGACCCAAUGUGCUGAAGCUUAAAACAGCCGACUGGAGAGUCUUCCUUUUCCAAGCUCAGAGUGCUGAAGAAAUGGAAGUUUGGAUACGAAAGAUCAACUCAGUGGCUGCUAUGUUCUCUGCACCAUCUUUUCCUGCAGCAAUUGGUUCACAGAGGAAGUUUAGCCGGCCUCUGUUACCAGCAACUACAACAAAAAUGUCUCAAGAGGAACAGCUAAAAUCUCAUGAGGCCAAACUAAAGCAUAUUUCCACUGAGCUGGCUGAACACCGAUCCUAUCCACCUGAUAAGAAGGUGAAAGCGAAGGAGAUUGAUGAAUACAGACUCAAAGAGCACUAUUUGGAGUUUGAGGAAAACAGAUAUGAAACAUAUGUGAAACUUCUGAAAGAAGGAGUAAAAGAGCUGCUGCCCAGCAAGGAAAGUGACGGCAGUGGGCUUAAGAAAUCCUAUUCAAGUCCUUCACUCAACCAGGAGUCUUCACCAGCCAACGCAAAAGUCAAGCGCAAUAUCUCAGAAAGGAAAGACUGCAGACCAGAAGCACCAAAUUCAAAGCAAAAGAUCACCUAGGUUGCCACAUUUUCUCUUAACAAGUGCAUCAGAUGAAAAAGAAAAAAAAAAAGAUAAAAUGUAAAACUAUCUGGCACUGCCAGAGGAGAGUUAAAGGAUUGAAAAUAAAGAGAAACAAAGCAGCAGUCCAUUAAUAAUAGCAAAUUACUGACUGGUGCUUGUGUAUUAUUUUCUAUUGUAUAUUUUGUUGCUUACUGUAUAAAUGGUUGUAGAAUUUAUUUUGUUGCAAGGCUUUAAACAAAAGUGUCACUCUCCUUACUUUACACUGCAAUGUCGGGUAUAUAGAGUAUCAGAACAACUAUUUACUGUCUCUUAGGCAAAGCAAAUGAUAUUUUAUUAAUUUUUGUCCACACCUCUUAACUGAGGUAUGUAAAUAAAUUGUAUUAAAUUCAGACAUGGUACAGAGGGCAAUUGUCAUAGAUGGCUUAUCUGUUGAUGUUUAUCGUGGUUUUAAUUGUUUGUAGGUGAUGUGUGAGUAUAUUUUUUGACAGAGCCAUAUAAAACAUAGAUGGUACAGUACUUUAAAUAUAUACUUUAGCAUUUAAAUUCUAUUGUAAGUAGCACCCCUUUAUGUAUAGAGGUGUCCUUUCAACUGCUCAGUUCACUUCAGACAUUAAAAAUUUACUUUAAGUUGUAAAUAUAUGAAGCUGAUGUAUUUUUUGAUAAAAGAAAUCUUUUGAGAAGUUGUGCUAAGUUAUAUUAAAGUUUAUUUUGGUUAAAAGUAAAGAACAUGUUUUUGGUGUAAAGUAGCAGAAAACACAUAAUUGAAGGCUACUUUAUCCUGUUUCAAGAUCUGAGCGUGUUAAGUCAACACUAAUGUCAAGCAGUAUUAUAGUGUUACAUUUGUGUUAUCUGUGUGUGCUUUUUCUGUUUCUUUACUUCAAAGUGCAGCAUCAGUUAACGUGUUGAGUUUAAAGAGGAUUGUCAUUAACCUGAGCAACAAAAGGAAGAAUAACAGUUCUACUUCAGUAGGGUGAACCAUUCAUUUUGUAAAAUCUACAAAAUAUAAAGAAGGUUUUUUUUAAGUAGUGUAAAUGCCAACUAUCCUAAUUUGUGUCUUUUAUAAAAUUUUCUGUAAUUUUGAAAUCUAAUUUCAUAUCUAAUAUUGUAAAGACAUAACUAGUAUUUAUAGAGCACUUUAUAAAUAACUUAUUUUAAGCCCGUUUACAAAGCUGUUUAAAACAUCACCAUUUUGGUAGGAGUGUCAGAAGGUAGAGACUUUUUUGUUUUCUUUAUUGAAGUUUAUAAGGCAAAACCUGAUACGCAUACAUACAUGACUUUACAGCUAAAGUUAUGCUCAUGACUGCUUUGCCCAGUGGUAUGACACUUCACUGAGGAUUUAGAGCAUAUUGUCUAAAAAGCUGCUGCAGAGUACUGAGUUGUUGUUUUGAUGCAUAUUGCCAUUGUCAAAUGCCAGCAUUACUGAAGGGUUUAGGAAAACCCAGAGCAACAGCCCGCUAAACACAGUGUUCAAAUAAUUUUGUUUGUGCGCGCGUCUGUCUGCUGUUUUCUUAUUUUUACACAAUUUGUUAUUACCUUACGCAUUAUGCACUUGUACAGCCUCCUAUCAACAUUAGUACGAUAUAUUUCAUAGUCAUUUUAAUCCUUUAGAGUGGAUAUUAAAAUUAAUUCAAAGACUAGACAGACAUAGUCAUUGUGUCCAACAAUUUGUACUGAAAAUAGAAGGGAACAAAUUUAUUCCUUCACCACCAGUUAAAUCGAGGUACUUUUAUGUACAGAGUUAUCAUAUAUUUUUCUCACAUUUGUUGCCCCUUCUAUUUUAUAAAUAUAAGAGUAAUAUUACAAUAACCAUUCUUUAACUAGUAUUUUAAACAAAUAAAAAUAAAUACAAUUUCAAAGUGUUUAAAAUAUUGACUUAAAUAGAGGGGACAUGUAAUUAUUCUGUGCAUACAGUGGCGAUAUGUGUUAAUAUGGUAGUCUAAUGACUACAUUAAUUUAAUGGUUCUUGUGUUUCUAUGAGGUACUGAAAGAAAACAAGUUGGAUAAAUGUUUAAUGUCAUUUUUUUAAUUUUCUAAGAGUAGCUGCUUUAGGUACAUGAAAUCUAAGAAGGUAAGAUACCUUCUGCUUUAAUUUAGACAUGGUACUGACAAUUCAGGUGCCUCUGAUUUGAGGUGUCAUUUUAGCUUUUUUGUUUGGGGAAGAAACACUCCACAACUUUUAAAAUGUUAGUGUUUACCUCUUAUUAUAGUGUAGUCUUCAGUUUAUCACCGCUGUAAGUAUUUGUGUCAGCUCUUGUCUUAGUACAGUUCGGAGUAUUUUCAACAAAAUCUAACAUACUAGAUUUCUAUUAUGUAUAGCAAAAUAAUGCCUCAAUUACAAGUCGACAAGAGUUGUCAGAAACAUACAAAAGCCAGAUUAUUGGGAUAUUUGCCCUCCAUAUAUUUGAAGGUAAUUCAAAUUUCAUACUGAUGCAAAAACGUCUGCCUGUAUUUAAAUCUGAUUUUGAUUCUUACACUUGUUGGGGGAAUAAAAUACAAAGUGAUGUAAACAUUUUUGUUGUAAAUGUUUUGCUGGAAGUUUUAAAAUAAAUACUUAAAGUUAA